CGAAUGGGCGAAUACGCAAGGUGACACGGGACAUUGCGGCGCUGGACUUUCUCCAGAACAUCCCAAUGCUCUCCGAGUGCAGCCACCUCUCGGAGCACUCGCGCAAGCUCGGACCGCUCUCGUCGCCCGACCACGACGCGCAGUCGCAAGAGUACCCGCUCGAGCUCGAUGAAGUCGAGCAGUCGCUCGCGGGACGGCGGCUGCCAGGACCCGACUCGACCGUCGUCAACGUCUUGCCGCUCUUCCGGUAUCGCCUCACGACCAAGUACCCGGCAGCGUCCGCGGUCGUUCGCCGGUGGGAGGCGACGAUGACAGAGAAAGGCGUCAUUGACGGUCGCAUCUUUCUCUCGAGCGGGAAGGGCUACCCCGUCGGCGUCUCGUCCGUCAUCAAGUACAACGGCACGGAGAAGGUCACGCGCGCCGGCGGGCGCAAGCGACUGCAGUCGAUCAUGAUCAGCACCGAGCCGUACGACUGGCGCGGCAAGUCGUACUUCCGGCUCCUCCACUCGACAUGGUCGCGCUGCGAUAAGGACCGCGACAGUCAAGACAGCCACCCGAUCGCGCCUCUGUACGACCCCAACUUUCUCGACAACCCCGAGUACCGCCAGGGCCGGCACAAGGACGUGAUCCGCGGCGACCGCAAGGUGGGCCCAGUCGUGAGCAGCAUCCUCCGCUUCGUCAAGCCCAACGAUCUCAAAGAGGAAUUGAACAAACAAUUUCGGGAAACGCAUCUGUGGCUCGACGACUCGGAGCUCACGCUCAGCAAAAUCCGCAACCUCAAGCAGGAGGCACUCGCGAUGGGCAGCCGGACGUACCUCGACAUCUCGACCAUCGCGCUCGCGUGCGUCUACUUUGAGAAGCUCGUGCUCAGCAACUUUGUCCACAAAGCCAACCGCAAGCUCUACAUGUCGGCGUGUCUCAUCCUCGCGCUCAAGUUCAACGAGCCACUCAACCGCGACGGGAUUGUCGAUGUCAUCAAGAAGCUCCUCGUCGAGAUCGACCACGUGCACUCGCUGCCGUCCCGCGACGUGCUCACGGCCGAGUUUACCGUCUACGCGCAGCUGUCUUUUGCGCUGCACGUGCCGCUGCAAGAGAUCCAGCCGCAUUUCGCGCGGCUGCUGCGCCUGGUCGAGAGCAAUCCGCGGCAGUACCUCGGCGAGGAGACGUUCACGAGCUACUCGAAGCUCCUGCACGAGGAGAAGAUCUGGUACGAUAGCGUCGCGGCCAAUGACCAUUCGUACGAGGACGAGGACGACGACGAGGAAGAGGAGGAAGACGGCACGGACCUCGAGGGCGCCGACGACGACGACGCGCGCGACCACUCGUCGCUCUUCCCGUGGAACCGCGUCUCGUUCGCGCAGUGGUGGAAGGAUCGCACGUAAUG